AUGUAUGUGCCUGUCUGCAAGGGGGUCAGAGAACAAGUUUCCUCCUGGAAGAGGUGCCUGGUGGAACAACUGACAAGGUUUAUGCCGACCUCUGUGCCCGAAUGAAUGAUCCUCUCAGUUGAUGCCUUGAACAUCUCUGGAGCCUCCUGUGGGCAAUUGGUGUUUCCAGGGGCUUCGGUGGAGCGGGUGCACACUUUGUCUCCAGGCUCAGACUUAUCCUUCCCUCCAUAGUGCAGGGCAUUUCCAGCUGCUCAGGGAGUGGAUGAAGCCCCUGCUACAGGCACAUUAAGAGCGGAGCUGAAAAAAUACUGGAGUGAAAAGAUAAUGGAGAUCUACAACUACUCCGGAUAUGACUAUGACUACGGAAAUGUUUCUGAUAUCGAUUACAGCUCGUAUAGCUUGGGGCCUAGCUCAUUGCACAACACAGAGGAAAUUAUUAGGAUCCUUUCAGUUGUAAUCUAUAGUGUCACCUGCCUGCUGGGGAUCGUGGGGAAUGGUCUGGUCAUUGCAAUCAUAAUUUUCAAGAUGAAGAAGUCUGUCAAUGCCAUUUGGUUUCUUAACCUGGCAGCUGCUGACUUUCUCUUCAGCGUCUUCCUGCCCUUAAAUAUUGCUUACACAGCUAUGAAGUACAACUGGAUAUUUGGCACAGCCAUGUGCAAGCUGAGCUCCUACCUCUUGAACCUCAACAUGUACACCAGUGUGUUUUUGCUAACCAUGAUCAGCAUCGACCGCUACCUCUUAGUGUUUUUCCCUAUCUGGUCCCAAAACCAUCGAACCCCGAAGCUGGCGUGUCUGGUUUGCUUCAUCAUCUGGACAAUCAGCUUCAUGAUGAGUUCCCCGUCCCUGAUUUUCCGGGACACUGAGCAUGUCGGCCAAAAUGUGGUUUGUUUUAGCAACUUCUCUUUGUCCAGUAAUAAGUCUUAUCACUCUCUGGGUGUGAUGAGGCACAAGAUGGUGACUGUCACUAGGUUUCUGGCAGGGUUCGUCAUUCCCAUCACCAUCAUCACACUCUGUUAUAUCCGCAUUGUCUGCAAGCUGAAAAACAGCCGCCUCGCCAAAUCCAAAAAGCCCUUCAAGAUCAUUGUCACCAUCAUUGUGACUUUCUUCCUCUGCUGGAGCCCCUACCAUAUCCUGCACUUCCUGGAAAUGCAGCCCCACAAAACCUCCUUGUCAGUAUUAGAAGUUGGCAUCCCCAUCACCACGGCACUUGCUACUUUUAACAGCUGCAUGAAUCCUGUCCUUUAUGUCUUCAUGGGCCAGGACUUUAAAAAAUUCAAGAUAAGUGUCUUCUCCAGACUGGUGAAUGCCAUAAGUGAAGACACUGCUCACUCCAGUCUUGUUCACAGGAGCUUCUCUAAGACGGUUUCGAUGACUGAGAAGGAGACUAUACUGCUCUAGUCCCUACCUCAGAUGCUUUUGGCACCCAAAACACAGACUCUUUUCAGUAUUUCGUAGGGGAAGAGGCAACUGCACUGAGAUCUAGGAGUGUGUCCUGAGCUCUGGUUUCAGAAGACAUUUCAGGGGACCUUAAGAAAGUGCCUGUAUUUUCUUGAUGUAAUCUGUGUAUUAACUCGAUUUUGUGGCCUUACUGCAUCUGAUACAGUGCCAUAAAUUUUCAGUAGAGAUCCUCUAGUUUGGAGAGCCAGCAAAUCAAUGCCCUUGGUCAUGAAAAAUUGGACAAACCACUGGGUAUUUUAUAUGCACUCAGUGCUUAUGAUGGAAGGUCUUCACGUGCCUUUUCCUCCUCCUUCCACACUUUCUUUCUUAUGCCUCCCAAACUGCUUGAGAGAAGGAGAUCGUUACCUUAAGUCAGACCGAGUCCAAACCUCGGAUAAGGAUUUGGAAUUUGGACCUUUGUGGUCAAGACGCCUUUCCACCUUGCAUAUUGCUGACUGCUGGACUAGUUCAUUCAGUCAGUCUCUUGCCCAAAUCAAAGCCUUAAAAACUGUCCAUCCUUGCACUUCACUCUGUGCUCCUGGUGAUUGCACACAUGCACACACAGUCAUGUACAUGUAUAAAUCUCACUUCGUGCCAGCAACUGCACAGUCUAUAAAUUGCAGCCCUGGUUGAGACAAUACCAUCUUAAAUGACUAGACAACCAGGUCAUGCUGAAGUUUAUGGAGUCCAAGGAAACCACAGAGACUUAUGACCAAGAGAGAGAAACAUGCAGAGCAGGGAAGCCGGGAUUGCUUCUUAAAAUAUAUGUUGGGGAGAAGACCGUGACUUGUAAUGCUUUACUUUGAGAUCAUCUUUUGAAUGCCCAUCACACCCGGUGGGCUGAAAGGAUGAUUAUCCUAUAAUUGUAAUACAUACUGCUUAUCCUGGGGGGGAAAUCAUGUUAGACAUUGUAUAUAGUGAUGCAUAUAGCCACUUAACCAGCCUCUUAAAGGCACAUAAUAUAUUGGUAGCAGCACAACAGGGUUUUCAGCUGUCUGCAAACACUCCCUACUCACCGAAGCAGAGCAGGUAAAGAAAAAAGAACAAAAGCUGGACGGCCGCAGCAUGGGGGUUAGCAUCCGUUCUUAUGACACCAUGCACGUGUUUCUGGUACACUGAUUUCCAGUGCUGCUGCCUGAUUUCUCCUUCGAUGGAAGCCAGCACAGCACAUGGCAACCCUAGUCAGGAAUAAAGUAUCUAAUUAAAAUGAGCCCAAAUGAAAAUCCCAUUAGGGGAGACACUACAUGGUCAUGUUAGAAACGGCAUAUGGUUUUAUUGAAAUGCCUCUAAAAGCCUAAAACAUUUAAUGCCGAAUUAAUCCCCUUCCUGCAGUCUUUUGAAUUUGCUAUUAAUUCUGAGGAACAGAAAACAAAAUCUCCCUAAGGUGCCUGGGCCAUUGUACGAUGCGAAACAAAUUUGCCUCUUGACCCCUGCAGCAAUUGGCUUAAGCUCAGAGGCAGGGGAUUAGUUUUCAAAGUAGGGGUGGACAGCCCUGAUCAGAAGGGUUUAGCUGUAAUGGGUGAGAAUCUCGGAUCGAGCGAUGGAAGCGGGCAGACAGAAAUAUGCGCAGGAUUCCAGAUGUCAUCGCAUUUUUUAAAUUGAAAUGAUAGCUUAUUGGCACCAGCAGGCAGUAUAAAGGCUCUUAGAAAGGAGAAAUCUCUUGACCGGACAAAUCAGCUGCCUAAGAGCUGUAUCCUCGAUGUGUUUUAAUCUAUAAAUAGGAUC